GAGUUUAAUAAUAUUUCUUUCCGGUAUCUUUUGGAGUGCUUUUCUAAUUUAUUCUAAAGGUCAGGAAAAUAAUACACAAGCUCUCCUUAGAAAUAGUGAGCUAAGUUUCCGAACUAACUGUUCAUUGUAAAAAGUGCUGUGUUCAGCAGCUCUAACAAGUGCAAGUAUCUUAAAGUGCUUUAACAAAUUCUCAUUCGCUUUUUUUGCCUUUUCUUAAUAAACGCAAUCUAAAAACGCUACGAAACGAAACGAAACUGUUAUUGACUGUAUUAUAUUAUUAUCUUAACUAAGAAUGAUUUCGACACUUUUGUAUGACUUCAGAAGGAAGAAAAAUAAAAAAAAAGUUUCUUUUCCGAAGCAAAACUCGUUUCGCUAACUUUAAAGUUAAGCGGUUUAAGAGAUACUCUGAUCUUACUAAUGGCAUUGCCGCCACUGUUAGCAGUUUGUCGAAAAACUGAGGGAUAAUAGAGAACUGCUGUUUUAUCAGUUUGCAGCGAGAUGUUCUAUUUUUGACAACUUGCUUUUUGUGGUGAAUUUUUUGACAGCAAUAUGUAUAUGGCUCAGACAAUUUUUGAUAAUAAUAAUAGUUGUAUUAUUCAAGUGAAAGAACAUACGUGAAUUCAAGUGCGAAUAUACGUAGGAAAUUUCGUGCUCGUCUAUUUAGAAAUACAUAAUUUAAAAUAAUUUCUUUUGCAAGAAAAUAAGAUCACAUCGUAAUAAAAGGCAAUCUAAACUUUUUGUAAAAAAUAUACAUCUCGCCAGCUACGUCACCGCCCGCUGUUCAAUGUACUUCACCAACAUAAUAACAGGUCAUUUAUCAACAUAAGAUCUCAUCUUCCUAGUUCCACUGGCCGUACGACACACAAUGAAGCAAACACUUAACCAAUAGUGAACGAAUAAAACAACACAUUAAAAUAAACGAAGAGCAAACUCAUCUAAAAUGUUAUCAACUUCAUAUUGUUCGAUAUCCUCUAUGCAAUGUGAAUUACUCGAUGGGAAAAAUAAUAUUUUCCAUGCUAUCACAGUUCACUUAUGAGAGUAUAAUUUAUAUCUAUUUUAUAGAGUAUUCUUAGUAUAUAAAAUAUAUUAACGGAAUCAUGAGCAUAUGUGCGUCAUUCAGAUAACAACCUAUUGAAUUCUUAAAAUCUUGAUUUGUUUAUACAUGUGUAGAAAUAUACGUGUUUAAAUAUAAUCUACAACAAUUUGGAAUUCAUCAUAGUAAAAACAAAUACAUUGAGUGGAAUCAAGGCUAGCAGUGUUACAUUAGUGGAAUUUUCCUCUCAUUUCAAACAUAAAUUUGGUUGUUACACCAAGAUGAACUGCCGUACUGAUUACAUCCAUGUAGAUGCGUAUAGCACAUGGCAAAUUUGUUAAUUAAAAUUUGAAAAUUAUAUCAAUUCGUGUUAUUUAUAGUAGUCCAAACAACACUAUUAUGGUUAGAUGUUUUAGUGCUUUGAAGAACUAAAAAAAAGAAACAAUUUAUUUUUUUGUGCGAAAAUAAGUCCAUAUUUAUUGCAACAGUAAACAAUAGUAUUGGUGUUAUCUCAUUAAAUAUAUUGUAAUUACUCCCUAUCUAGUAGUAAAUUUGUACUACAUUGUUAAAAUUAAUAAUAAGCAAUUAUGAGUGUAUUUGUACACAAGUAACUGACAAAACAAAGCUUCAAAUAAAUAUAAUGAAUAAAUAUUGCCUUAGUGUGUGGUAUUGAGAGUCAUUGAACAGGGCAGCAAGAGAUUUGAAAGAGUGUGAAAGAGCAUUUGAAUUGUUUCCCAAUGUGAAUACCUACUUCGCAGAUAAGAGCAAACACUUAUAGAACGACGAAUAUUGUUGGGAUCAAAAUCGCUAUCACUGUUUUGACUGUAUUGACGAGGUGUAUGUCAUGGAAAAGAUAUUAUAUGUGACCGUACAGUUUAAAGUUGGAUCGGGUGUUAUCAUCAAAGUUUUCGAACUUGCUGGUAGUAAAAGUUAACAUCUUAACAAUUGUUAGGCUUUAUAAUCAAACAAAUCAAUCGCUUUUGAUACAUUUUUGCAAAGUGUUCAAACCUUUAUUGGUUAUUAGUGAGCCGUGAUUACAGAGCGCGCGUCUUUAUCAAUUUUAUAGUAAUUGGAUGAAGAUCAAUUCAGAUGAAAUAAUAAAAAUUUAAUUAAUAGAACUGGCAUAGAAGCAUAAGUAUAAAUUAUUGGUCGUAUUGGACACGCGUAAAUCAAUGAGAGUUCGCGCCGUAGAUAAGAAGACAGAAUGAUGUUAAAUAAAUAUCAGAAUUAUUUGCAACAACACCAAAACCAUCAGCAAAUUGUGCAAGAACAACAACAACAACAAAGCUGCGGUGAUAUUACUACAAACAUGGCGAAAAGCGACGCUGGUCUUUCUGAUUAUGGAGCUAUGCCUUAUAAUAUUUCCAAAUCAGAACGAGAAUCUAUACACUCUGGCCAAUUUAUGGUUUCUCAUUUUGAAGCGGAAGAGGCACAAGAAGAUGAUCUCGAAGAGGAUGAUGAAGUGAAAAUGCUUGAUCCUGAAGAAAUAAAUCUUACAAAAACAGAGGAUGUUGAAAAUACAAGCACUGAUGUGCAGCGUUUUGUACCACGAAAAAUAUCAUAUGUUCAAGAGCUUGGUCAAGAAGGAUCAGUAGUGGCCUCUCAUUUGGAAAUAGAGACUUCACUCACCAAAUUAUUCAAAUGUAUGAAUCUCGCUUACAGUCAAAAAUUAACAUCCCCAAAAUGGAAUCAUUUCAAAGGAAUUCGAUUGCGCUGGAAGGACAAAAUUCGCUUAAACAAUGUAAUUUGGCGAUGCUGGCACAUGCAAUUCAUACUGAAGCGUAGGACACCCGUGUGCCAGUUUGCAUCACCAUUGGACGUUGACAUCCAUAGCAACCCGCAGGCGGUUGUAUUAGAAGGAAAAUAUUGGAAACGUCAAACCACCGUUAUCAAGGCUGAAUACAGGAAAUGGCGAAAAAAUUCCAAGUCUAAAACUGCUGGUUGUCUCACUUAUGAUACGAAGAGCGAAUUCGAUUUUUUAGAAUGGUCUCCACUGAACGAUCGCAUGUUAAUGAUACCCGAUGAUUGGACAAAUGACACGCUGUUCUCUUCAAUUAAUGGACCAUUUCCGUUUCCAGAUCCUCGUGAAAUAGCGCGUGGUGCGGGAAUCGCUGAUUUCAUACAACCUGGUCUGGGCUCUCUUCAACCGAAUAUUGACGAUAUCGAUCUGACGAUUGAUGCUUUAUUCUUCUCAGAGCUGUUGCAGCCGAAUCGGCUUCCGCCAGUGCCAGAAGAAGGCACUGAUGAAAUGCUUAAAAAUGUAGAAUAUAACCUCUCAGCAAUCAUGGGUUCUGAUCAGCUAGAGUCAAAUAAUAUGGUUGGUGUUGUUGGUGGUAACAAUUCUAAUACACUACCUGUAAACGACGAUACCAAUAUGUUGGACUUAAAUGCGCCACUUGAUUCGAUACAGUUUCAAUCGUCAAUGGUUCAACGUUAUCCAACGCCAUUAUCUCGUGAAAAUAGUAAUAGUCAAUUAAUGAAUACCUCAGGAUCUAAUCAAACGCAGACAAUUAACUCUGUGGACACCAUUAUGACCGAUGAUCAUGCAUCAGCAGUAGGGGUUAAUGAUGGGCUAGGUUCUCCCGCUUCUGCAACAUCCACCUCGUCAACUAUGCGAAUGCACUCCAAGCACUUUCCGACAACAAGUGAAAGCGUUUCAAACAAUCGAUCCUCAGGCAACGAAUUUCCAAGUAAAAGUGUGAUGAAGGGAAGAAUUUCCAAAAACUCACAAAGGAUAUUUAGGCGGGAACCCCAUAAUUAUGAUAAAGCUCAACCAACAUUGCAUCAAACCACAAUUUAUCAGCAAAUGUUGGCAGAACACCAGAAAAGCCAACAGAGUCAACAUUUGCAGCCUACCUUACCUUGCACAGCCUUGCAACAUCAUAGCAUGUCCUACCAUCAACAACAACAACAGCAGCAACAAAUACAAUCAGCGACUACACAAUAUCCCACACCUGCCACAAUUAUAAGAGGCACCGGCGACGGUGGCAGUGGUGCAGUAUACGGUGGCUAUGGUAGUGUUGAUAUAUCAGCCUCAGCUAAUAGUGGUAUUAACGUAAACAAUAAUCUGCUUAAUGUUUCUAUGGUUAAUCAAAAGCCGAAAGGUUACGCAAUAAUACAGACAACCACAAAUUGCAUGCCCAAUACCACACAAAUCAAUGCUAACAACUCACCACACACUGGAAACACAUCAGUGCUGUUGCAGACGGUGAAAACGGAACCACCAUCCACCGAUAUGCUAUCCAUGUAUAAUUUAAGUGCUUCAAAUGAUGUUUAUGGCAUCAACACUAAUCUAAGUUGUAACAAUAACUCAAACGCUUAUAAACCUUAUCCGAGUGUGAGUAACUUUAAGAAAUCCGCAUCCACUGGCGGCUACAUUAAUAUGCGCGUCAAUACGAAUUCGCCCUAUAUGAACGAUCAAACUCCGAAUGCACAACACGUACAUCAACAAUCGUUACCUUUGAAUUUAGGUUGUCAGGUGACUUCGUUGUCCAGCCCCUUACAAUUACAGGUACAAGCACAAUGCCAGCUAUCGCCUUCAUCUAGUCAUCAGCACCAACAACAACAACAACAGUCUACUCAGCAUCUCUUAACAACGCAGCAGCAACAUCAAAUGCAGCAACUUAGCCAACAGCAGCAGCAACAACAACAACAACCCUCUGUGAAUAUGAUGCCACGUGAAAUGUUUCGUUCGAAUAGUUUACCCUUAAAUGUGACACUGCAAAAAUUGGAGUCACGCUCAAGUCACGAUAACUUCGCUGUACCCAAAUAUCAGGCUAAAAAUAAUAAGCCACGCUCACGCAGCAAUUCAAUACAUCAGCAUUCGCUAGUUGCACCCAGCGGCGCCAAUAAGUCCAGUAGUGCAACGAGUAGUAAUCUGAUGGUCUCACCACAGUUGCAAUCAGCUACCAGCGAUCCGAUGUUAAAUAAUAGUACCUUAGCUCAACUUUUGACAACGAGCUCACGCUCAUUGCUUAAGAAACAAAAUUCUUCCUCAAGUGCCAUAUCAAAUAUAAAUGUUCCGAUGCCAGCUGUAGUGGUGCCACCACCAGCGUCUUCGACCAUAACUGUAAACACAAAUAAAUCACAAAAUAAUGUCACCACAUCAACCAGCACCAAUUAUUUUGCAACACCCAAUAUACAAUGCGCGGCCACUAAUGUGUCGGGAACAUCAACGGAUUCAUCAUACUCUCCUCACGGCAUGCGAAUGCAUCAAGAACAACUGCAGAAGUCACCAAAAAAAUCUACUUCACUGCCAACACCGGCGGCACCACAAAUGUUGCAUAGCCCACCUUGCAGUAAGAUGUUGAGUUAUCCGCCGACAGCCAGUCAAGCAGCCAUGUGCACCAAUACCUUGAGCUUAUCACCAGAAUCGUUUCACGAUCAAGACUCACCGCUUUCACCAACACAUAGUUUGAAAUUUCCACGCGAAAAUCAAAGGCGCGCCGGUCAUAUACAUGCCGAACAAAAACGACGGUAUAACAUUAAAAAUGGUUUUGAUUUAUUGCAUUCGCUUAUACCGCAACUGCAACAAAAUCCCAAUGCCAAGCUGAGUAAAGCGGCCAUGUUGCAAAAAGGUGCGGACCACAUUAAACAUUUGCGUGCGGAACGUAAUCAAUUGAAGGAUCAUAUGGAAGCUUUGCUUAAGGAGAGAGACAUUCUCAAUAACUCGCUAACGCAUUUGCACUCAAUCCUCCCAGCUAAUGGCGCACCUGUGACACGUCAAGGCACAGAACAUGUUCGGCAGCUGUAUGAUCAGUAUGUGCGCCAUCGUACAAUGCAAGACUGGAAAUUUUGGAUUUUGGGACUUAUUUUAGAACCCCUGUUAACCUCUUACACCGCAUCAGUGUCCAGUGCCAGUUUGGAGGAAUUACGACGCACAGCGUUUUUAUGGGUCGACCAGCAUUGUUCGCUGAUUGACUUGCGGCCAGCUGUUUCUAAUAAAUUAAAGUACUUGUCAAUGAAAACCGAUAUUUUGUCAGACCCUCCGUCAACUUUAAAAGACGAAGUCGCAAAAGCUGUCUAUAACAACUCUGGACACCAUCCCAAUUUGCAUGGAACUUAAAAUAUACUAUAUAUAUAUAUAUAUAUAUAUGUAUAUUAGGCGAUUGUUAAGCAUAGUGAUGUAAAAUUUUCGGUUUUUGUUGCUAAUCUUUUCAAGAAUUUGUACAAAUAUUUUUUAUUAAAAAAAAAUCGUGCCUAUAAAUUUAAAAAAAUAGUUAUUGUUAUACGUUAAUAAAGUAUGAGAAACAAUUUUAAUAUAAACAAAA